UUCAAACUUGUGUAUAUGUAUUCACAAGAGAUCAAUUACUGUCACAAUUUUUCUCUAAGACGCAGCUUUUUCUUUCGCGAUUCGUCUGCGUAGAUCGUCGCAUAGUUGUGUGACCGGAACAAGCGCUUGAAGAUGAUUGGCGUGAACAAUUCGAAGAAGCCGGAACCUCCGGAGGAGGUGCGUAUCGACGGGAAGCGUAUGACAGAAAAGCGCAAGGAGAAACUUCUGGCAAUCCAAAAGCGGGAACAGAUGAAGGAUGUGUUGAUCGAACGGUUCAAAGAAAGGUAAGUAUGUAGGUAUGUACUUAUCAGCACAAAAAUAAAACACUCCAGGCUGAAAAUUUCCAGUAUCUGCUGAAAUGCACGAGAUCGACCGUUCUGGAGGAAUCACAUGUGGUUCAAAUAUGAAAUGCUUCGAAAAGAAUCGGAUUAAUGAAGUUGAGCCUCAGCUUGAACUUGAGCCAUAUUGAAAUGACAGGGUGAAUGGUGGUGCUGAGCUGACGGAAGCGGAAAAGAAGCAGAAUGAACAAGUGGUUCGCUCCGAGGUCGAGGCCUUUAUGGAUGGCGCUUCCAUUACGGAAAACAACCUGAAGCGGUUGGAUAAGAAAAUUCGCACCAAAACUUCGGGUAUAGAAAGCACUGUUGCAUACUCGUGCAUCCUUUUGGCCUGUGAUAAACAUGAACUUGAACCGACGUCAGAUUUAUUUUGCUGCUUAAAUGACGGAAAGACAAAGAUGAAGAUCAUCAUCAUGCUCUGUCUGCCAACGCUUGUGACCGACUUUUCGGUAUUAAGGUACCAGCGGCAGCGCACUGGAGGCGGAGAAGUAUUCCAUCGUGAGUGGAACGAAAAGUGGGUCGAAGUUGUCCGCAUCAAAUGUCUCGGCCGCCGGAGCCGGUGGCGCGGAGAAAGAAUCCUCUGUGUAAGAACGUGAUUGUUUUUCUUUCACUUUUACGGUUACUGAGGGUUUUUCAUAAAAAAUUACGAUUACCCAUUUUUUCCAAUUUCGACACACACAUUCCUCUUGAUUGCCCAUCCGACGCUGACCACAUCUGCUCUGCAGGGUGGCGGACUGGCGUGUGUUGGACGAAUUUGCGUUGUUCAAGGAGGAGCAGUCCGUAGUGGCGCAGCGCGUCCGGAAGGUGGAGAGCGGCAAAAAGGUCCGAUCCGCGCUGGGAAAGCAAGUGGCGGAACAAAAAGGUCUAAAAAACGCUGACAAAGCCGCGGAUCGUCGUUGGUACGCCCUCGCCCUGGAGGACGUCGAGCGUUACGAGAAGGAGGAAGCGGCUAAGGCCGAUGAGGUAUAGUACUUCUGAUUGACCGGUCUCAUCCCGACGAGGACUCUUGCAGAUGAAGAAACUUCAACCGAAAGUGACGUACUUUUUCCACUGAGACAGAGAACAAAGCUCCUGUCAGUUUUUUUUUUUUUUUUUGUAUCUAUAAACAACCCAAGAAUGCCAAUGCGGACUUCGAUAAUAACUACAGUUGCAUCGGCGUGGACAACUCGAGAAGCAGCUGCGAGACGAGCAACUGGAUAACGAGGAGAAGGCGCGCGCGGAAGCCAAGCGGGUAGACGGCGUCCUGGACCGGUUGACGAAGCAACGGUGCAAGGAAGAGAUCGAGGCUGAGGAGCGAAAGGCAAACAAAAUCCGGCAGGAACAACGGGACUACAUGGCCAGGGUCCAAGCCGAAAACGUGAUCGAUCAGCAGCGGCGAGCAGAGGAAAAAUUGCGCUUGCUCGGUAGUGAUUUGUUCUCGGCGAAGAUCUUGAUAGAUACAGCACUCUAGUCGCAAAACAUCUUGUUGCUCCUUUGGACCACUGAUUUUUGAGACCUGCUCCGCAGGAAAAUCUUUUCGUUCGAGUUUCGUGUAGUGGUCCAGUCCAAUGUUGUUCAUUCGAAUUUUUACAAGAGGAAAAAAACGGAACUCAGAGCAAGAUCGGCUGCUGAUGAAGCAAAGCAACGAGAGGCAGGACGAGGAGGAGCGCCGGCGACAGGCCGAGAAAGACGCCCGGGUUGCGCGGAACGAGGCGAGCGCUGCGCGCAUGGCAAGUACCGUGAUGGCGGUUCAGGACGCCGCCUUGGCAGCAGCGGAGGCCCGGGCAGAGGAGGAAAACCGACGGACCAACGAACGCGCGGCGAAAGCCGAGAAUGAUAAAGCAGCGUACCUGCAGCGUCUGCGCGUCGAAACCAAGGAUUACCAUCUGAAACAAAUGGCCGACAAACGCGAAGUCCAACGACAGGAGCGCGAGGAAGCCCGGCUUAUGGUGCUUGUUUUCGACUCUUGAUCUUCAAUAAUCAUACUAGCGGCUAGUAUUUUUGACCCAAUCGUAGUCUACAAAUACAAGCAAUUGCAAAGCAUGAUAUAGUAAUGUAUCACCCCGUCCGCUAACUUCAGCUCGAACGCAGCAUCCAGGGGGACAACGAGCACGCAGCGUCUGAGCGCUUGAAGAUGCGGGAGUUGCGGAAGCGGGAGCUGGGAAACCAGGCCGAGCUGUCGCGAAUGAUGCACGAGAAGGGCGAGCGUUUGCGGGAGGUGGAGAUGAGCGAGACCGAAAAGAAGAUGAAUCGCGAGCUGAUGAAGCAGGUGAACAAACAGCUGAAGGACGCCGGUCGCAAGCCCGUAUCCAUCCGGAGCCCACCGAAAAAGGAAGUCGAUCCGGAAGUUGCGAUUCGCUUCGGGCUCAAAGUGCCAGACAUCUAACAAGCCGCGUCAUUUGUUUGUUUCGAGUCUCUAAAUUUUGUACAAAUCCAAUUUGACGAGGUGAAAUAAGCAAAAAAUACCAUUGGCUUCCUGUACAAAGAAAAUCUACUUUUGAAGAUGAAUUUGCUUGUGAGCGGCUAUGUUUGUUGUACAUUGAGCUUCACGAAGAUUCGAAGUAGACUGCACGUGGAAAAACUGAAAAACUAUCACCGUGAUAUAAUGAAUUUACCAAUACAGUAGGUUUGAAGUUGAACAGCAAAACUGUAAAAUCAAAACUCCGAUGAAAAACUUGUUUUUGGAAUUAUGCUGCGUAUCUGUGCCUGAAAAAAUGUAACAAAUUGCUACAAUUGUGGGUAGUGCUCGGACAUUCUUGUAUUAACCGUGCUGCUGGACCAGCUAAUCCUCUUGUAAAUUACAUCUUCGCUGUGGAAUUCAACCUUUUUGCGUGCGCUAAUCUUCCAAAAAAAGGACCGACGUGUAUGAUUGCAGUAUCUCUAAAUAACAAAGACCGAACAAAUCCGACGACGAUACCCUUUUCCGUGAAUCUUCCGUCCUCAACUACACUCUUGCCCCACCGAUUGAGUAAGUACCUCUGCGGAACGUAUUAGUGAAUAUGUGACGCAAGAAUCGAAAACCGGCAACGUGGCUGUGGUAUUACGGAAAAGAAUUGCUUCUCGCGGGGCUGCGCAGCGGCCUCAGCGAAUAGAACUGGUUUCGUGCUGAUGAG